AUGCCAAAGAACAAUGGUUUAAAUAUGAUUUUCAAGCUCUUGACGUUUUUAUCAGUAUCAACGCUUCUGAAUAGUGAAGAUUUUCCGUGCCAUUGCAACAUUAUAAAGAACUAUUGUGAAAGUGGGUGUUGUUGUGAUAGUGACUGUAGUUUCCGGCAGUUUGAACUGUUUACAACUUGUGAAGAAACCUCUAGAAGAGAUUCCUUACAACUUUGCAAGGACUUGAUUUCAGAUGGUUUUGAUCAUCCACUAUGUAUUUAUUCUAUAAACAAAAAUGUCAAUUACACAUUGGAAAACGCCGUUAGACUGAAAAACAUCCUAAGUUAUUCAGACGAUUUUGUUCUCUAUUCGAUAGGUGUUCCAACGCAUAUAAGCUAUGGAGUCAACGAGGUUGGGCCACUGAUCAUUCCUCAACUAAAGCAAACCUCAUGUGAAAUGGUUUCUGUGAGCUUUGGCCAAUCAUUUGUAAGUUACUGUGAAUGGAAUGUGGUAGAAAUUGAAACAACGAAUAAUUUUAGAACGAAUAAUGUUAAAUGUAACCGCUUGGGUGACGUUUUUCUGAUGGUUAAGAAUUCAAAAAUGCUAAAAAACAUGAAAUUAAAUGAAAUCAAUCGUGAAGAGAUUGUGCCUAUUGUUAUUUGUUACGAACAAAACACUAGCUUACCGAUUUUAUGUCCAACAACAACACCAAACAUUAUUAUCAAUAGCUCAAAUGAAACUAUUUGCUCAGUUGUACCAGUAUCGGAUUUUUAAAAACUAUAGGCUACUUUAUUUAAAAAAGAAUUGUUUACCGAAUUUGACCAAGCGAAAAUCCAGAAAUCAGUGAGAGUUUGGAGUUUAUAUGUCAUAUACUUGAAAGUUAACAUACUAUUAUUUUUUACACUCUAUUCACGGUAAAUAAAUCCAGAUUUAACGUGUCAAAAGUUCGAUACCUAGUCGAACUACUAUGUUACAAAAUAACUUCGGUUUUGAAACAAAUGACAGACUCUAUUUCGGCUUUAUUGUAUUGAUGUUAAUAGAUCACAUAGUUGAGGAAGAAAUUCUGUUUAUAGUGUGAAUUAAUGUGAAUUUGGAUGGUGUUUUUUGAUAAUCAUUGAAAAAGCUUAGUUGUACCGUUAGUUGAAAUGUAGCACAUGUUAAAUUGAUUGGAUUGAGUAGGUGUAAGGUAGACAAAAAUUUAAAUUAGACAAUGAAAGUAAAAAUAAAACUAAUAAUACAAGUUGAGAAUAUUGAAUGAAUUGGAACAAAUAAUAGCGAGUUACAUAUAAGAGAAAACAGAAUUAUACUAUAAUCUCGAAGAUACAAAACCUGGUAUAACCGAUUGGUUUUAUACUAAAGUACGAUUGAACUCCAUCAAAUAACAAGAUUUGGUAACGAAGAUGGUCGUCACUCCUCAGUUACUAAGUGACUCGCUGGGUUGUCAAAGUACCACGGCAAAAAGUUGCCAUGUAGGGGCAGAAGAUCUCUACCUUUAUAAAAUACUGCACUUGUUUUAUGUUUUUACCUAACCUAAAAUUACAACAGAAAAAGGAUCGAAUGGUUCCCACUGAUCGUCCCAACAGUUCACUUCGGAGAAUGCAUCAAAUUUUAAAGUAAAUCAAUUCUCACCUUAUCACCUAAUAGCCUAUAAUUUUCACCUUGUAAACUUAGUGUCAAAACACAUAUCAGUACGCCAGGACACAUACCAAUAAGUGGUUCUGUUAAAUAUGAGUAGAGCUAAGUACCUAUUUAUCCAACCAGAUACAGACAUAGGGUUCAUAAAGCUUUAAUAGCGGCUGCGAAAAAUUUCUGGUAAUUCUUUAAUCAGUUGACCUUAAAUGCUCUAAAAUCUAGUUUACAUCUUUCCCUACACGAAACAGUGAAAUUCAGUUGAAUUUUGAGGCAAUCAUCAGUGUUCUUUUUCGAACUGUCAUGAGUAAAAAGUGAAAGCAUUUACUACUUUUAUUUCUAGUAAGUAGUAUUAUAAAUAUAGUAACCUUUUUGUUGGUUCUCCUGAGUUAUUAAUUAACGUGGGGUCAUUCUAAUUUAUACAGGAUCAUUUUUGGAUAUCCCUCAGUGUUUUCCUAGCCAAGCACACUUCGCUAAAAUGUACUGAUAAGUUUUAAGCAAUAUAUUCUUGAUAAUGCAGUUAAUUAUGACUUAAAAUACUUAGCGUAUUAAGAAUGCUCGUCAUGCCAUUGCUAUAUAUAGACUACUUACUUUGUAUAACCAAAACACGUUAUUGGAAGUUUGAUAAAGUCCUUGAAGAAGAAACUUGCUGUUCAAAACGACUACAGAAAAGUUCGUUACAUGCCAUGUUUCCUUGAAGCUGCAUUUAGCUUCCUUCAGAUUUUGUCUUUAUAUCACUUUAUGUGAAAAAAUAUGCUGAGAUUCUCAGUCCAAAGUUCAAGUCACAUAACUGAACGGUGUAUACAACCCUCGUAUGUAUAUAAAAUGAAGUGUUUUAGUGUAUAUCAAGUAUUUUUUAGCUAGGUCUAUCAUUAGAAAAUCAUUUUCAUCACGUAAUAACAACAUUAGGGCAGUCAGUAAAGACACAAAUGACACUGAAGAUAUGCUUUGUGCUGGUCCGAGACUUUAUAGUGGUAACCACCAGCUAUCCAAUCAUCGACUCAAACUAAUAUUAUUUAGGUUUCACAGAAUGCAUCGCGCCGCCAAAUUAGUGAGUUUGGGUUAGGUACUUGAAAUUUUUCAAAUCCAGUCUACUCGCAAUACAACGUGCGACAAUCAUCCAGUGUUGUCGGAGAUGUUUACAUCAUUACUGAUACAACCUUACAGAUCACAGUUUCUUGCUGUAAACUCAAUGGAGUCAACUCGUAAUAACUAAAGCAUGUCACAAUAAUGACGCUAACCAAGUGAUUGUUGAAGCUGAAUGCUUACCUGCGGCAGUGAAUUAUGUUCAUGAUAUUUCACGAAAGAACUUAAAUUGUAAAAAGUUGACUAUUAGUGUAUUCUGAUGGUUCAGUGUUACGUGACUUUUAAUGACUACUCAGUUGACAUCAGUCCUUGGUGUAAAACAGUUUUAGACUAAUAUUAUGGUGUAUUGUACUUACGUUGACAGAUAUAAGUGGUAUGUAACACCAAUGAGAAGUGGAACGCCUGCAGAAGAUGAUUGAAUCGAAGAGGAGAGGAAAGGAAAGAGAGAGAAAUUUUAAUGACGACGAGGUUGAAAGAAUCAUAAGGCAUGUAAAGGACAAGUGAAGGAGGAUGUACAAAUAAUAUAUUUAAUGUGUGGUUUUCAUACUUUAUGACGGUACUCUGUGAUUUUGCACUAAAAAAUAAAAUGGUCUCACUCACCUGAGUUUUCGUUCACAUCAAUAUCAUUGAAACUAUAUCCAUUCAGUAUAAAGUAUGGAAUGCCGUAAACUAAUUAAAUGGUGUUUUAUUUACCUCCAAAGGUGUAUUUGAAAAUGACAUAUGAAGUAAUUGGUACAAUUAGCCAGUUUGAAGUUCAUGCUUUAAUUGGUAGCGUAACUGGAACAUUUACACAAAAAUAUGAAGUUGAAUUUGUCCAGACAAAUGCAUCCGACGCUUUACCAAUGAGUGGAAAUCCGGGCUAUUUGAUUGGUCGUCCAAUAAUAGGCGCUAAGAUAAAUGUAACUGAUUUAUCGUCGCUUGGAUAUUCAGGAAAUACUGGUUCUGUCACCACUAUAUUGCCUACAUCAAAUAUGAAGUUAUCUAUCAAAGGUGUAAAGCAGCAACUAAGUAAUGGAGUUUGGAAUAUUCUUGCUGGUGGUUCAUGUGGGACAAUUCUACAAGGAAGAGGUCAUUUGGUAGAACCUAUUAGAUUUGGUGAAGAUGUUUACAGUGGAUGUACAUUAAGUUUAUCAUUUCUUGAACAAUUUACAAGACCUGAAAUGGAUUGGACUACACGUUGUGUACAAUAUCAAAAUAUAAUAUGGGAGAAUUUACUUAAUCCCAGUGGGAUUACAAAUGAAGAAGAUCGUAAAGGUUUAGGCAUAAAUUUCAUGUCAAACAAACCAGAUUUAUUAGCAAUAUGGCCAAUAUCUAAAAUAAAUCGUAGUUCUGAAUGGGUUCCAAUACAAAAUUUAAUUAAUAAUAAUUUUCCAACUACACCUAGAGGUUUGAAUGGCUAUUGUUAUCAAUUACUAAUUGGACAAGAGAUUGAAAUACAAUAUGCACGUUUUGGUUCAAUGAUAUUUCCACAAAAUCAGAUUAUUGGUGCUAAGUGUAAUUAUAUUUAUGGUGAUGUAUUUUUCAUGAAACCUAAUUUCAACAUUGAAAUAACACAACGAGUUCGAUUCACUGACGUGACACCGCUGGCUGAGACUCGGGAAAAAUUACGCCCCUAUUUCCUUGUGCGAUUGCCAAGUGACUUUUUCUAUCCAUUUGCAUAAUAAAAGCAUUGUUUGGUUUG